AUGAUGUUGUACCUCUUCUGGGCAACGACAGCCCCCAUCCAAGGCCAGGUAGAUGAUUAUGUCUACUUUGAAAACUCUUCAAGUAACCCAUAUUUGAUACGUAGAAUAGAAGAACUCAAUAAGACAGCCAAUGGGAAUGUGGAAGCAAAAGUGGUCUGUUUCUAUAGAAGGAGGGACAUCUCGAACACUUUGAUUGUCCUGGCUGACAAACAUGCAAGAGAAAUGGAAGAAGAGAUGGAAAACUCAGAAAUGGUGGAUUUACCAGAGAAACAGAAACAUCAACUGAGACAUCGAGAACUGUUUCUCUCACGGCAGCUGGAAUCCUUACCCGCCACGCACAUUAGAGGCAAAUGCAAUGUUACUCUGUUAAAUGAGACAGAAUCCCUUAAGUCGUAUCUGGAACAUGAGGACUUCUUUUUUUAUUCGCUAGUGUAUGAUCCACAGCAGAAGACUCUUCUAGCUGAUAAAGGAGAGAUCAGAGUUGGGAACAAGUACCAGGCUGACAUAGUAGAUUUACUGAAAGAAGGUGAGGAUGAUGGCAGAGACCAGUCCAAACUUGAAACUAAAGUUUGGGGAGCAUUUAAUCCACUAAUAGACAAACAAAUAGACCAGUUCCUUGUAGUAGCACGAUCUGUUGGCACAUUUGCUCGUGCUCUAGAUUGCAGUAGUUCCGUUCGGCAGCCCAGUUUACACAUGAGUGCUGCAGCGGCUUCUAGAGAUAUCACGCUGUUCCACGCCAUGGACACUUUGCACAAAAAUGUCUAUGACAUAUCCAAGGCAAUCUCUGCACUUGUGCCACAGGGUGGGCCUGUCUUGUGCAGGGAUGAGAUGGAGGAGUGGUCGGCAUCGGAGGCAAAUCUCUUUGAAGAAGCCCUGGAAAAAUAUGGAAAAGACUUCACUGAUAUCCAGCAAGAUUUUCUUCCAUGGAAGUCCUUAACCAGCAUAAUUGAAUAUUACUAUAUGUGGAAAACAACAGACCGCUAUGUCCAACAGAAACGGUUGAAAGCUGCUGAGGCAGAAAGCAAGCUAAAGCAAGUAUAUAUUCCUAACUAUAACAAGCCAAACCCCAACAAGAUUAAUGUAAAUGUGAAGCCUGGAAUGGUAAAUGGUACAGGAGCUCAGGCACAGAACAUGGGAGCAGGACGAGCUUGCGAAAGCUGCUACACGGCACAGUCUUACCAGUGGUACUUGGAGAAGAGCCCUCAUGGUGCACCGCUACGGAAUGGCGGGAGUCCGAAGUUUGCCAUGAAAACACGGCAAGCUUUUUAUCUACAUACAACAAAGAUGACCAGGCUUGCCAGGCGACUAUGUAGGGACAUCUUGCGACCUUGGCAUGCAGCACGUCUUCCUUACAUGCCUAUCAAUAGCGCCGCAAUCAAAGCAGAAUGCACAGCUCGUUUACCAGAAGCCACCGAAAAUCCGUUGUUGUUAAAGCAAGUUGUUAGAAAACCUUUAGAAGCAGUACUUCGGUAUCUAGAAUUUCAUCCCUGCCCUCUGAAACCUGAUCCUACUAAGAGGUUAUCUGGCUCUCUCAACAGUGUGCCUUGUUCUAAGUUUUCCCCAGUGAUUAACAAUGGAUCUCCAACUAUCUUGGGGAAAAGAAGCUAUGAGCAGCACAAUGGGAUGGAUGGCACCAUGAAGAAGCGCCUGUUGAUGCCUAGCAAAGGGCUGCCUAACCACGGACAAACCCGACAAAUGGGACCAAGUCGAAGCUUACUGCUCAAUGGGAAAUCAUACCCAACAAAAGUCCGGUUAAUCCGUGGUGGCACCUUGCCUCCAGUGAAAAGGAGGAGGAUGAACUGGAUUGACGCUCCUGAUGAUGUUUUCUACAUGGCCACAGAGGAAACCAGGAAAAUUCGCAAGCUGCUUUCCUCCUAUGAAACUAAGAGAGCUGCAAGAAGCCCUUAUAAGCCCAUCAUCCUCCAGCCUCUACAGAGCGUGCAUCUGCCACAGCCAGUGAAUGACGAACCAAUAAUUAUUGAGGAUUAAAAUGGGAGAGGUCUUUAAAACACUGGAGAGCUUUCCUCAAACUCCACAUGCCAUUUUGUGACUUCACAGCUGAAUCUACUGCUGACAGAGAGAACUGACGUAUAUAUCUUUUACAGCACAGUCCAGACAGACGCCUCUAAGCCCAUUGAAUUCAAUGAAUCUAGGAAGGUUGUAACUCUGUUUAGGAUUGUACUGUUAAGAGUCUGAAAAGGAAGCCAGCCCCUCUCUGAGUCUUGACAACCACAGACGGCACAUGAAUGUGCUCACUCCUUUUUAACAAAUCUCUUGGUAACAGAUCCCCCCCUUUCCUUGUAGUUUAUUCUGUUCCUUUUGUAAACAAGUAGGAAGAAAAGUAAAUUUAAUUUAUUGAGGAGAGAAUGGGGGAUAGUAAUCUUACCAUAUUCUGUUUUAUCUUUCGACAAAGGAAAUAACCAGAUGACUUUGUUUUGUGACCAA